GUCAAAAAGUUGUUCAUUUGUAAACAAACGACGGCCAGAAAAUUCGGAAUCGAUUUUCUUCCCAAAAACUACAGUUUCUUUAACAAAGGCAGUUAUUUUGUGUAAAAUAUGGCACUCUACGACGAUCUGGAUACCAAGCAGGGCCCCGACAAGGUGGCCGGGUGGUCAUCCGGCAUCAAGCUACUCCAAACGCAACUGCAGGCCAAAGCAAAAGCCAGCCAACCCAUCAUUCCUUCUAGAAAUGCUUUGUUGAGGAAACCGGCUUUGAUUCCACACCUAAAGCAGAAAAAAGACGGUAUAGAUUUAUUUAAUCUUCCCUCAUCGAGCGGUAACACGGUUGACAAAUCACGACCGGUGAUUAUUCAGACUAAAUCAAUCCCCGAAGCCAGUUCAUCGGGUACUUCGAUCGAUGCCUACAGCUGGGAUGUGGUGGACGAGUACGAUCCGCUGUGGCCAAAUGACUACGAGAAGCUUACCAAGGAUCGGAAGGCGAAGGAACCCCCGAAACCACCGACCAACAACUAUAAUCGCAAUCGGCGGGAGUACAAGCGGGGAAUUAAUUUGAGCAAAAUGCACAACAACAAUGACGAUGGUCCGGGUUCGAAAAAAAGUGGCUUUGCCGGGCGGCCAACGUCGGACGAUGAAGAAGAAUUCCAACCGAGUGGAAAUCGAUCCUCCGGGGCGGCCAUCGCUCCACCCUCGUCGCUGCAGGAAUCGACCGCUCAAAUACCCGAUGGAGUCAAAAUGUCUCAGCUCACAGCCUAUGGGGGAAGCUCGGUGGCCGCAAAAAUUAUGGCCAAAUAUGGAUUCAAAGACGGGCAAGGGCUGGGUAAGCAGGAACAGGGCAUGUCGAUGGCCCUACAGGUGGAGAAAACUUCCAAAAGGGGAGGUAGGAUUUUGCACGAAAAAGAUAUCGCAAUGCCACCGCCUGAGGCAAUUCCUGCAGCAGCAGCACAGCCGGGUACUUCAACUACGCCACCUCCUGCAGGCGAACCGUCCAUUACCGAGAUUAUGAAGUCGCCCAGCAAAGUGGUUCUGUUGAGGAACAUGGUUGGGCCGGGUGACGUCGAUGACGAUCUGGAACCGGAGGUGAAGGACGAGUGUAACACCAAGUAUGGGGACGUGGUGACUGUGGUCAUCAACGAGAUUCCCAAUGUGGCCCCGGAAGAGUCGGUUCGCAUUUUCGUCGAGUUUAAACGAAUGGAAAGUGCCAUCAAGGCGGUGGUCGAUCUGAAUGGGCGCUUCUUCGGUGGUCGACAGGUGCGAGCAGGUUUCUACAGCCAGGAACGGUUUGAAAAUAUGGACCUUUUGUAGAUGGUGGAGCAAUUUCGAAGAGCGAUAAGAAAAAAAAACCGUAAACUCAUGUUUUUUUUUCUAAUUUAAUUUUCAUUUUGUGCGUUUUUCAUUCUCGGGAACGAAUAAAAUCUACUGAUGUAUGAAGCAGUAAGCUAAUAUAACA